UCAGAAAAUGUUGUCUCGUCUCACGAUGACCGUUCCAAAAGUGGCGACUUUCACCUCGGGAGUCCGAUUUUUCGCCAACACCGCCGCAAAAUCAGCUCGUUAUGGAGGAGGGCAGUCCGGAUUCGGUUCUCGAGUAAAUCAAGGAUUCGGAGUUCGCACUGGACCAACGCUGAAGGAGCGACUUUUGGGACCAACUACUGGAAAACCAUUCGUCUACGGAACCUAUGCUCUCGCUGGAGCAUCCGUCUUCGGAGUUGGAGCUCUCAUGUACUACGGACUCGUCUCAAAAGAGCAGAGUAUUCUCCAAAAAAGCGCAAUUUGGCCAUCAUACGUCCGUGAAAGAAUCAGCACAACGUAUGCUUAUUUGGCUGGAAGUCUCGCUUUAACUGCUGUCAGCGGAGUUGCAGCUUCCAGAAGCGCGGCGAUUAUGAGAUUGACCGCUGGCGGAGGAAUGAUGUCACUCUUCGGAACAAUGGCUGCAAUGAUCGCUUCGGGAAUGCUCGCCAGAUCAAUUGACUACGAGAGCACCGUCGCCAAGCAUCUCGCCUGGGCUCUUCACUGUGGUGUUCUCGGAGCCGUCUUCGCGCCGCUGUGCUUCAUGGCCGGCCCAGUUCUCACUCGUGCGGCUUGGUACACGGCCGGAAUCGUUGGAGGCCUCUCGGCCACCGCCAUCACCGCUCCAUCGGAGAAGUUUUUGAUGAUGUCCGGACCACUUGCCAUGGGAUUUGGCGUUGUUUUUGUCGCCAACAUUGGAGCAUUCUUCUUGCCACCUGGAUCAGCUCUGGGAGCCAGUCUCGCAUCGAUUGUCGUCUACGGUGGUCUCAUCCUCUUCUCGGCCUUCCUUCUCUAUGAUACGCAGAGACUCGUCAAAAAGGCUGAAAAUCACCCACAUUCAUCUCAAUUGUACGGUUCCGACAUGCAAAUCCGCUCAUUUGACCCAAUCAACGCACAAAUGUCAAUCUACAUGGAUGUCCUGAAUAUCUUUAUGCGACUUGUAAUGAUUAUGGGAGGAAUGAACGGAAACCGAAGAAAGUAGAAUCAUCAAUCGAUAAUUGUCCUCUGUAUUUUGUAAAUAUUCGUAGAGCACCCACUUUUCUCUCGACUUUUUGUGUACGGUUCUAUAAUUUCCCAAAAAAAAAUGCGAAUAGCGCAUCUCGAUUCUCAUUUAGUGUAUUUUUUAUUUUAUUUGUCGUCGGAAAUACACGAUUUCUGCUCUGCCACCUGUGGUCCAUUAUAAC